UGACGGCGCGCGGUUCUCGCGGUGCGGUUUCAGCAGCAGAGAGAGAGAGCGCGCGCACGAGAGAAAUAGAAACAGAGAGAUAGAGAGAGAUAAAGAAGGGAUUUAUAGACUCAGUGAGAUCAAGGGAGCUGAAGGUCUGGAAGCUCAGAUUCCCUCAGAGCAGCUAAAGAACCUACAGAUACAGAAGAAGAAGCUCCUGAGAUGACUCAGAUAGAGAACAUGGUGCAGUAUGAUAACGGCUACACUGAGGAGGAGGAGGACUAUAUGAUGCAGGAGGAAGAGUGGGACAGGGACCUGCUGCUGGAUCCAGCCUGGGAGAAACAGCAGCGCAAGACAUUUACUGCGUGGUGCAACUCUCAUCUCCGAAAGGCUGGCACUCAGAUUGAGAACAUCGAGGAGGACUUCAGAAAUGGCCUCAAGCUCAUGCUACUGCUUGAGGUCAUCUCAGGAGAGAGGUUACCCAAGCCUGACCGAGGCAAGAUGCGAUUUCACAAGAUUGCCAACGUCAACAAAGCUCUCGAAUUCAUCACCAGCAAAGGAGUCAAGCUUGUUUCAAUCGGAGCUGAAGAAAUUGUGGAUGGCAAUGUUAAGAUGACCCUCGGAAUGAUCUGGACCAUCAUUCUCCGAUUUGCCAUUCAGGACAUCUCUGUGGAAGAAACCUCGGCUAAAGAAGGUCUGCUGUUGUGGUGCCAGAGAAAGACCGCCCCCUACAGGAACGUCAAUGUACAGAACUUCCAUGUCAGCUGGAAGGAUGGCCUAGCAUUCUGCGCACUCAUACACAGGCACAGGCCUGACCUCAUCGACUACGCCAAGCUCAACAAGGAUGAUGCUCUGGGUAAUCUUAAUCUGGCAUUUGAAAUUGCUGAGAAGCAUCUUGACAUCCCUAAAAUGCUGGAUGCUGAAGACAUUGUGAACACCCCCAAACCUGAUGAAAGAGCCAUCAUGACCUAUGUGUCCUGCUUUUAUCAUGCUUUUGCUGGAGCAGAGCAGGCUGAAACAGCUGCUAAUAGGAUCUGUAAAGUGUUGGGGGUGAAUCAGGAGAAUGAGAAACUUAUGGAAGAGUAUGAGAGACUGGCCAGUGAGCUGUUGGAGUGGAUCAGACGCACCACGCCGUGGCUGGAGAACCGCAUGUCGGAGAAGACCAUGACGCAGAUGCAGCAAAAGCUGGAGGACUUUCGUGAUUACCGCCGCCUACACAAGCCUCCUAAAGUGCAGGAGAAGUGCCAGCUGGAGAUCAACUUCAACACCCUGCAGACCAAACUGCGCAUCAGCAACAGACCUGCGUUCAUGCCCUCCGAGGGCAAGAUGGUGUCGGAUAUAGCGAGUGCAUGGCAGGGUUUGGAGCAGGCAGAAAAGGGUUAUGAGGAGUGGCUGCUCACUGAGAUCCGAAGGCUUCAGAGACUCGACCACCUGGCUGAGAAGUUCCGCCAGAAAGCCACCAGCCAUGAGACCUGGGCCACAGGUAAAGAAGAGAUUUUGACUCAGAAGGACUACGAGUCUGCAUCACUUAUGGAAGUUCGAGCAAUGCUGCGGAAACACGAGGCGUUCGAGAGUGACCUGUCAGCUCAUCAGGACAGAGUAGAGCAAAUCGCUGCCAUCGCACAGGAACUCAAUGAGUUGGACUACCAUGAUGUGGCUUCAGUGAACCAGAGGUGCCAAAGUAUCUGUGAUGUGUGGGACCACCUAGGCACCCUGACCCAGAAACUCAGAGAGGCUCUGGAGAGAACAGAGAAGCUGCUGGAGACGGUGGAGCAGCUGUUCCUUGAGUACGCUAAAAGAUCAGCUCCCUUUAACAGCUGGCUGGAUGGAGCCAUGGAGGAUCUGCAGGACAUGUUCAUAGUACACACCAUCGAGGAAGUCCAGAGUCUAAUGGCAGCUCAUGAGCAGUUUAAGGCCACUCUGCCGGAGGCGGAUGCAGAGAGACAGGCCAUACUUGGCAUCCAGCAGGAGGUGCAGAAGAUCUUCCACAGUUACGGGAUCCGCGGCGACCUCACCAAUCCAUACAGCACCAUCAGCCCUGAGACGAUCCUCAGCAAGUGGGAUAAGGUGAAGAAGCUGGUUCCUCAGAGAGACGGUGCUCUGCAGGAGGAGCUGGCGCAGCAGCAUGGAAACGAGAGGCUCCGCCGGCAGUUCGCUGCUCAGGCCAACCUCAUCGGACCCUGGAUCCAGACCAGGAUGGAGGAGAUUGGUCGCUGCUCUCUGGAGAUCGGCGGAACUCUGGAGGAUCAGAUGACUCAGCUGAAGCAGUACGAGCAUGUGAUCGUCAGCUACAAACCCAACAUCGACAAACUAGAGGGAGACCACCAGCUGAUCCAGGAGUCCCUUAUAUUCGACAACAAGCAUACCAAUUACACAAUGGAGCAUAUCCGUGUGGGUUGGGAGCUGCUCCUAACGACGAUCGCUCGCACCAUCAAUGACAUCGAGACUCAGAUUCUGACCCGCGACGCUAAAGGCAUCAGCCCUGAGCAGAUGAAGGAGUUCCGCUCCUCGUUCAACCACUUCGACCGGAAAAAGAACGGGGCAAUGGAAACGGACGACUUCAGGGCCUGUCUGAUUUCUAUGGGCUACGACCUGGGUGAAGUGGAGUUUGCUCGGAUCAUGAUGCUAGUUGACCCGAAUGCGUGCGGAGUGGUGACCUUCCAGUCGUUCAUCGACUUCAUGACCAGAGAGACGGCAGACACGGACACGGCCGAGCAGGUCGUUGCUUCCUUCAGGAUCCUCGCUGCAGACAAGCCGUACAUCCUGAUCGAUGAGCUGAGGAGAGAGCUGCCCCGUGACCAGGCCGAGUACUGCAUCUCCAGGAUGCCACCUUAUGCUGGCCCUGGGGCCAUGCCCGGAGCCCUGGAUUAUACAGCCUUCUCCACAGCCCUGUAUGGAGAGAGUGACCUUUAAACUGCACGCUGCCUGAGCUUCACCCAUGACUUUUAAAAUAUGAUCCAAAGUCCCUGUGAGAACGGUCCCACUUUCCAAAGAAUUAAAACAAUGAGAAACAUUAUAAUGUGGAGCUGAACUGCAGAGUGUGACGUUUCUUUUUCAAGUGUUGCAUAAAAUUGGAUAAAAUGUUAAUUUGGGGAAUGUGUGCCUUUAUAGAAACCAAAUCUAUUCAUAUUGAAAACAUUCACUGUGCUUUCAAUUAAUACUUAGUUAUCAAUUAAUUGUGUUCAGUUUAUGUACUGUGUUGCUCCAAUUCUACACUAAUUGUAUCACUUCAGUUCUGCAGCUUUGAUUAGAUUUAGAUUAACUAUGAAACCAGACUGUCACAGAGAUUCCAGGGAAAGGGUGUGUUUGUGUGUAGAUGUUUUUUUUAUGCUUGGAAAACAUUUUUCUCCCAACACAGAUUCAUUAUUAAUAUUAUCAGUCCAAAAACAAACUGAUUAUUAUUUUUCUCCUGAAAUGUAAUAAAAUUAUGCAGUGUUAUAUAAUAUUGAUAUAAUGCAAUCACACACAUUAUUAAUUAUAGAAUAUAACAAACUAUUAUUAAUGAACAGUCUGUUUGCUGUAAGAAUUUAGUAAAAGGCUAUUUACGCAGAUAUGCAGCUGUUAGCUUCACUGAGGUGCAUUGUGGUGUAGAUGGAGAGAGUUUACAGCUGGACACCAUUUGUCAGUGUGAAAUAAAAUAUUAAAGACUAUAAUCUGGUGGAUUUUCA